UUUUCUAUUGCAGGCCUAGGACAUAAACAGAAUUUUCUAGUCAGAUAGUUCUGAGUCCCUCAAAAUAUUGCAGCAAAACAAUACGAGGGACUCGUCAUUCAGAAUGGGGAGGAAAUCCAGUACGUUGGACGCAUCCAUUCUCCAGACUUUUAUCUGAAGCUGGCAGCUUUGGAGGAAGCACUGCUGGCAUUUUAGAACCCAGGACUGUGUCCCUAGAGCUCUGAAGAGAAACACGAUGUUUCUGUUACCAGUAAGAGCCAGCUCUCUCCAUAGCAACUGAAAACUUUUCAAGGCAGCUAUAAACUAAUCCUCUCCAGCUUCCAGAGCACCAUCAAGAAUUUUAAAAACAUUGGACUUCCAGCAGCUAAAUACUUCUGUGGAUUCAAAAGGCCACGAAGCUAGAUACACAGGCUUUCUUUCUCCCUUCAGAAGAUUCCUCAGGUUUCGAGUUUAAGCUGUGAAGUGCAAACAACACUCCAACACUCAGUGCAGCUCAGGCGCUGCAGGAAGAGGAGAUGUGCUUUCUGAGCAAGCACCCAGCUAUUGGGGUGGUAUGUUCCGCUUUCCUGCUCAGCGUGCUCAUUGCUGAAGGACAGCUUGGGGAAGAGCACGGGCAGGAUGGCAGCUCUGCUCCCAGCCGAAGCUAUCUGAUGGAAGUUUUACGCCUUCUUUCAGCUGACAACCCUGAGCUCCACACAAACCACCCACGAGAACUGGUCAGAAUUGUGCUGGAGAGAGUUGAAUGCCCACAGCGGAUUUAUGGCAUGCAAGAGGAUUGUAAUCUGUGUCUUGAACCAGAUGCUAUGUUACUAAUAGCUGGUGGAGGUUUAGAAGAUCAUCUCAGUGAAGAAGUAUUUGAGAGAAUUUCUCUUGUUCUCCUUUACUACAUUCUUCAUCAUAGAGAUGUGUGUUCUUCAAAACUCAACUUGAGUAAUAAGGAUUAUAAAUUUUACCUAAAGAGUAUGCUCAAUUUGAGACAUGACGAAGACUGUUAUUAUUUUUCACGGAAUGAAACAGAAGACAUUUUGGCUGCAGUAAAGAAACAUUUUAAAACUCCUGAAACCCAGUGUGUUGAUGUGAGUACUCUGGAGAAAACUGCUGAUAUAAUGGACAGAGAUGGUGCUGAUGAAAACACUCUUCCACGCUUGGCUGCUUUGAUUAUUACUUUGGCUCUACAAGGAGUCUGCAUGGGAAAAGCAAGCUUGCCCUCCCCAGAAUUCUUUAUAAAAUAUAUUUUCAAUUCUUUGAAUAGUACCACAGAGCUUCAAGUGGCAGAAUUGGAACAACUCCUCAACGUGCUUACAGCCAGAAAGUCCUGCACUGUAAAUGGACAAUUCCAAAGUUACAAAAGAAGAUAUUAUGGUAUGACAAGCACGGGUACUGGAGCCAGGAGCAGUCCAGUCAAAGCAAGCUAUACAGAAGACUAUCUGAAAGAUUAUUAUAAAGAUCGUGGGAGUAACACAGAUUGGGAUCAGGUUUGUUUCUCUGCUGAUGAACUCGUGAAUAUAUUUUUAAAAAAUAGUUCUUCAUCCAUUUCCAAGGAGCACUUCAAGCAAAUGAGUCCAGCAAUUGUUCAGCAACUAUUAAGUUGUUCAUGUCAGCUUCCUGAAUCCAAGCAGACGAAACUUCCACCAACAACUUUGGAAAAAUAUGGUUACAGCACUGUUGCAGUUUUACUUAUUACUGUUGGAUCUAUGUUUGGUACAUCCCUAAUUUUAUUUAACUCCUGUCAAGAAAUCUAUACGCUCAUUUUACAGCUGUUUGUUGGUUUGGCAGUCGGGACCCUUUCUGGCGACGCAUUGCUACACCUUAUUCCUCAGACUCUUGGUUUACAUAAACAUGAAGCACAAGAGGUAGAACAUUUCUAUGAAGGAAAAGAAUACAUUUGGAAACUUUUGGGAAUAAUUGGAGGGAUUCAUGGAUUUUUUCUGAUUGAAAAAUGUUUCUUUCUUUUGGUAACACCACGCGAACAGCAGGGCCUUUCUUUAGUUAAUGGGCACUGGGAACAUUCCCAUGAUCUUCCAAUGGAAUCUGAAUUAAGUGAACAUUCAGGCAGAGACAAAUCUACUUCAACCAUACAGUUGAGAAGCCCAGAAGAUUCUGAGUCGUCUGAAGUUCCUCCAGGCAACAAAGUGAUCAGCACAAAAAAUAACAGAAUUAGCUUGUUAGCAAUCAUGGUUUUGGUGGGUGACAGUCUUCAUAAUUUUGCUGAUGGCUUGGUAAUUGGAGCAGCAUUCUCAUCCUCAACAGAAACAGGUGUGACAACGACUAUUGCUAUUUUAUGCCAUGAAAUUCCUCAUGAAAUGGGAGAUUUUGCAGUGCUACUGAGUACGGGCCUCCCCAUGAAGAUUGCAAUUUUGAUGAAUUUUAUAAGUGCACUAACGGCGUUCUUAGGGCUCUAUAUUGGCCUUUCUGUGUCAACAGAUCCAUGCAUUCAAAACUGGAUUUUUACUGUUACAGCUGGAAUGUUCUUGUAUUUAUCUUUAGCAGAAAUGCUUCCUGAAAUGACUCAUAUUCAGACACGGCGACCCUGGUUGAUGUUUCUUCUACAGAACCUUGGAUUACUAUUAGGCUGGCUUUGCCUCUUACUCUUGGCUAUAUAUGAACAGAAAAUUAAAAUAUAAGUUUUCUUUUGGAAAUCUUGAAGUACCACUUAUGACAGUGGAUAGUUGUUCAGUUUUGUAAUGUCUGCCAUAGCAAUAUAUAAAUUUUCAGGAUUUUUAUAUCUGAACAGUAGAUAACUAUGCCAAUUUAUUAACUUAUUGUUCAGACCUUGGAUUUUUUCUUGUAAACGUAAAUGUUUAGAAAUAUGUUUUAUUUGUUACUGAGUUUCCCAGAUUCCCAUGCUCAAACUCACAGGAGCUUCUGAUUAGUUUUUAUUGAGACUGUUCUGGUUGAAUGCUCUCAGCGAUCACUGCCAGUCUGAUAGAAGAAAAGAAUAAAGCACAUUUAAAUGCAAUAAAGUGGACUAACCAUAGUUGAAUAAUUCGAAGCAGGAAACUUUAUUGUCUCUUAGUGUAAGAAAUAAAUGUAUUCAUACAAAACUAAAAAGUAUAACAAAACUAAACUGUUAAAUUGCAUGCAGCAAUCUGUUUAUAGUAUCUGUCUUGUUCACUUUGCCAGCAUAAUGAACCUUGGUUGUGUUGCUGGUCCAGUGUAGCAGGUAAAAAUGAAGUUCUUGAUCUAGAAAUAUGGCUUCUUUCCCUCAACAUCCCUUCCAGCUUUCUCAAAUCAGGAGAAUCUUCAAGCCAGAUGUUGCUUUUAAGCCAUCAUUAAUAAAAACCAGUAGUGCCUUCCAGCUGUGCCCUCUUAGAGACUGACUUCAACUCCUUCUAACCUGAGGGGGUUUUUUUUGGUGUAAUUAGACCUCUUGGUUUCAAGGGAAUUCUGCCUAAAUUACAGAUGACUCAUUUAAUUUUGCAUUGCAGAAUCAACCCUGAAACUAAUAUAAAAAUUCUGUUCUAAUUCUGAGGUGCUGAGCAGCUUCCAGGAAGUACUGAGCAACAUUCAUCAUUGUGAUGUCUGUUACUUACACACUAUGAAUUACUGGCAUAAGAAGCCCUCCCCUAUCUAAUUUAUGUUUUUAUGUGAGAAUUGAAAUGAAUUCCUUCUUCCUGCUCUGAUGAACUGUGAAAAUAGGGACAGCAAGUUACAGAACAAACAUAUUUUCUUUAUGCGAGUAAAUGCAUCUUUUUCUUCCUUGUCUUAAUCUGCCUUGAAAAAAGGCUCCAUUGUGAUACUGUAUGUCUGUCUUACAAUAUGUUUACUUGACAGCUCCUACUGGAGGUACAAUUAUUUCUAUAUUACAAAGAUCAUGUGUUAUUCUGGAGCACGGUCAGUUCUCAGAGAGAUAUGCUACUUUAUCAUCAAAAUCUAAAAUGAAAAAUAUUGUAAAUAUUAUGCAAUAGCCUUGAUUCAUACAGCUGUGGAUCCCUACUCAUCAACAGGCUACCUUUGGGAAAAAUACUGAAGAUAAUUAUGAAGGUUGUUAUGCACCCAUUUUCUGUGCCUGUUAGUUAAGAGAAUCUGUAGCAAAUACUCCAACGCACAUCUAAGUGUAUAUUUACAUACCUUAAAAACCUUGUCCUAAACAAUUUAUCCAAAGUCACACAGGAAGUUUCUAACUGACUGAGGAAAUGAACCAAUUUGUUUAAAGUCUCAAAGUAAAAUACUAACCUGUUUUAUGUAGGUGUGCAAAUGUUAUGACUGCUUUUUCUGUUGGUUUAACUUUGAAGGCUGCCUAGUCAGCUGACAAGUCUUAGCUUCUCUUUUCAAAGUUUACAUUUUUCAGGAGUUUGUGCUUGUUUUUAUGAAGGUAAGAUUUUUUUAAAAGCAGUUUUCCAGUAUUUCAUCUGAUUGUAUUGGCACUGAUUCAAUGACCUUCAGCUGUGACAGUCAAUUCAAACAAUAGCAGGACACCACUGGACGUAAGCAAAAUCUAUUCCUGUAUCAGUUGGUGUAAAUGAUCAUUGGAAACUUGUUAUUUCAAAAUGCAGAGCUACUGUAAUUUGAAUGCUUACACAUGGUUAAUGUUCACUACAACAGGAAAAAAAGUUACAAACAUAAACAUGUUUUGGCAAUAUUAUGAUAUUCUGGAAUUGUUUUCUAUCAUUAACGUGUCUGAAAAAGGGCACUUAAUUUCUGGCAGUGUGUUCUUUGAAGCUGCAUACAAGCAGAGGUUCACACUGAAAAAAUCUGUGGACACAGUGUUAACGUCUCUUUGGAACAUACCAUCUUUUGACUAUGGAUAGAUGUCAGAUUUCUUGAUCACAUUUAACAAGUAUAUUCGUACAACUUCCACUGUGUGUGCAAACACACUGAACAGAAUGCCUGUACCUUGUUUCUGCCACAGAGACAGUGUGCAUCUGUAUGAGAACCAUUCAGUUACAAUUUGUGGUGCUAUUAACUCUGAAUACCUGACAGCUCACUAGAAUACAGAAGUUUGAAUUCUUGUGGCACCUACAAGAGAACUUUUAUCACUACCAAAACUGAUGCCUCUGCUCUAAUUCAGCAGCUCUACAAUUGGAUACUGAGGAUGGAGAAAUAUCAGAUGUAAAGCAAGUCUGGGCUAUAUUUCUUACAGGGUACUGGAAACUAUUUCUAUAUAUCACUGAACUGGAAAACUAAAUCAGUUCAAAUCAAAGAGAUCCACCUGCAGGAUUCAUCUUUUUGCCAAAGCCCAAGAAAAGCAAUUGAAGAACAUGGGUUUAUGUCCUCACAAGAGAGAAGGUGGUGCAAAAGUAUUCCUACGAUGCAUUCUCUUUUGUUUGUUUUAAAUUCUGUAGAGUUUAUUCAUAGAGAUUUCAAACAAGGCUCUAUUUAAAGCCAGAUAUUUCUUUCUGUUCCUCCAAACCUAACAGCCAGAACAUAUUAUGCCAAUGUUUUCAUUGAGUCAAAUCCUGAGUAAGGGCUGCAGAACUUCAUCGCUUGCAGCCGCUAAAUCAUGGCUGGGUAUCUUUCUAAGAUGUAUGUGAUUGCCCAAACAGUUGCUACAUGUUUGAUGGAGAGAUUACUUGGUGAAGUUUUACAGCCUGUUGGGCAGUUCUGACUAGAUAAUCAUAGUGUUCCUAUAAAACCCUAAAAUAUAUCAAUCUGUAGAAACAGGAUUUUUUUCUGAAAGAAGAGGGUUAGCAUUUCUGUCAUUCAUCUACUCUUAGUUUUCUUGCACUCUUAUGAUUAAAACAAUCAAACAAGAAAAUAUCUUGCUUUUCUACAUAACUUGCUUUUUUACAUAGACAGAAAAUGGGAGAUAAAAGAGAAGGUUUAAAGAAUUUGUUUGUUACAGCGUCUUUUCCAGGAAGUUAAGUAGUAGAAAACCUCAUAAAAAAUAAUUCUAAUUCCAAACUACAAGGGUAAAAGCGUUGACUUUGUACCUUUUGUUUUGUAUAUGUUACACAUUACCCAGUGACUUUUAAGAUAAAUAGUACCUUCUUUGCAGCCAGCUAUCCUAAUGCCCUUAGAAAGUUUCUGGAGCUCAUCUGCAUGUUUUAAAUACUGCCAUCUAUUCCAUCCCUGUAUUUUAUGCUUUAAACAUGAAGGUGGCAACUCGCCAGUGAAGAAAAAAAGGUCUUUUUUAAUAAAAGAAAACAUGGUUAGUUUGGUAUAACAACAUAUCCUUAGAAAACAUACUUGUUUUUCUUUCACCUUGCACUGAAGAAAGCGUAUUAUUAUUGUAACACUUUAUUAGCCUGCAUUUAAAAACCAAAAACAGGUUUAUGUCAAGCCAAGAUUAACACUGAUAAUUUGUAACAGAAGAGUUAUUUGUCAGUGUUUUUAAUUUCUCUUGCUUUACUGUAACCUGUUGUCAGGUCUUCCUUUCAUCUUAAAAAUUAUUUGCCUUCUAUUUUGUUUGCAGCCUUAGGAAUGUGACUACAGAAAGUACAAGCAGUUACACAAUGGCUUUAACCAAAGCAGAAAGUCAUGGAAUGUGUUUUACUAGAGCCACCUUCAUUUCCUUCCCUCAAAGGAGCAAAAAACCCAUGUGCAGAGCCACUGCUGAGAGUCAUGCAGUACGAGCCUUCAUCCUUUUAUGUCUUUGAUAAGAGGGCCUGCAAAGUCAUGGCAUAGCAGCCCAAAGUCAGUGAUAAGCUCCCUAGUGUGGGGGUAGGAGCACAGAGGGCUGUACAAAACACCCUUGUCUGGGGAUAGGACACAGAGGGCUGGCUGCUUCAUGUGGGAAAUAGAUUACAGGACGCAGUGAGGGCCAGGUUGCUAAGGAGCUCUCCCUGAGAGGCCUGCGUCCUGCUCCCACGUACUUCAGACCAGCAGACUUUAAUGGCUGCAGUGCAAGGAUGAAAGGUUUUAUAGUUGCAACGUCCUGUAUAAACUUCUUUCAGGGCAAAUUCCCAGAUAUUUCGUGUUGUCUUGGUUUUGGAGAUCAGGGAUAUCAUAAAAGUAAUCUGGCUGAUAACUCCAUGAGUGCAAGCUCCUGCUGCGCAUCCCGCAGCAUCCCAGCAGAUAGGAUGACCCACAGGAACAUCACUUCUCUGCAGAGGAAUCUCCAAUGAUGCUCUCAUUAACAAAAGAGAAGGCCUCAAGUCAGGGCUGGUGUGCACAUCUUGCCCCACCUUUAUAGCACACCCAUGUGCACACAAAUGAGGAAUGGUGUGGCAGUCCCUCCUUGCCAGAGUCUCAGGGCUGAUGCAUAGAGUGCUAAACGUGGGACUACCUAGCAAAACAAAUCUGCCUAGCAAUCAUCUACAUGUUGGGCCAAUAUAGCACUGACCAGCAGUCAUUCUGUACGACACGUGUCAAAAAUUUUUGUCCUAUUGAAGCUGACUUGGUAAAUCUCCCUCAUCCUUCUCCUAAAGUUGAGCAGAAUCUUGCCUGGACUAUCACAUGACAGAGAAAGGUAGGUAUAAGGAGUUGGACUAAUCACUUACUGUAGUAUAUUCCAGUCUUAAUUUAAGGCCACAACAAUUUCUGCACUCCUUCCGUGUCUGCUAAUGUUGUGAUGAAGGCACCAGGGCAAAGUCUGUGCUGCUCUGCCGGGUACGUGAUGUGUGAGCAAUGCCCAUAUCCCAGGCCUAGCAAUGGUUUCAGUGUCUCUGCCCUUGCGUGUCAGACAUGGCGUCCACUGUCACAAAAACUUGUUGGUUUGUCAGGAAAGGACUUUCUAGUAUUUGCCCUAUCACCUGCUUGUUUGCGCUGUGCAAAUAUCAUAACCCAUAAAUCAGUCCUAUAAAAGGACUUAUUCUUCAUCAUCCACACUGAUGAAUGUUUGUUCAAUACUGGAGCAAUAUAUUGCAACUAUUGUGACUUCUGAAGUUCAGAAAAGGCAACACAGCAUUGGAAAUUUCACUAAGAACUAUGGAAGUAGAGAUUAUUACCUACACCAUAGUAUCAGCAAUUUGAUUCUCCUCAUUUGAGAGACACUGCUAUGAGUACCAGGCACAAACACAAGUCAUUUCGUAUCCACAUUGAAUUGUUUUGGUAUAGCUCUGGUGGUCUUGGGUGGUUUUAUUCCUACCAUCUGGUACUCUGUUCUGCUUUCAGUACUUCAAAAGUCAUCUACAUAUUUCUGUGUAAAUGUUUAGUCUUAGCUCUGGAGCAAGAGCAAACCUACUUUCCAGCUGCUGUUUCGAUCCAAAAAGUGAUGAGAAUUUCAUUUGUUAAAUAUGCACUCAGAAAUAAUCUAUAUAUAUGGUACAGCAGUUCAGCAGUAAAUAGCUGUAAUGACCAGAACAUUUAGAAAAGCAGAACUGGACAGUAUGCAUCUGGUCAUCUAAUGUGCCCAGGUCAGUAUAGCGUCACUUAGAAAACUUGACAUCCACAGAUGAGCUAAAGCCAUGCAUGCAAUUUAUUCCCCAGGUCCUGUACACACGAGUCCAGUGAGUAUUAGAACAACUUUGUCAUUUUCUUGGAGCUCAUUUGUGACCAUUUCUAAUGGAACUUAGACAAGGCUUUAGAAGGAAAGAUGCAGUGGAAAAUAAGGCUUCUUUUAUUUAGUUAAGAAAUGAAUACAAGUGGUGAUACACUUUAAACUGCAUAAUGAUUCAUCAUCCUGCACAAAUGCAAAGCAUCUCCUUUUCCACUUGGAGACAAACAUGGCAAAAUAGAUACAUACCAGGAAAGUCAGAACAAGGAAAUGUCCAAGGAAGAAGUUCUUAUAGGUGACAGGGCAAAUGCCAGUAGAAACAAUAAAUGUGCAAAGCCAAUCAGCUCGUCCUCAUUGUAGUUCAUUCUCUUUGGCAACCAUAAGACCCACGCAAUUCAUUUUGCAUGUUAGUGGAAAAUGUCAUGUCUAAGAAGUAAAGUUUCAACACUGGAAAUAUUUUAAAUAUUACAAAACAGAUGACUUUUAAUAACUCUUAAAUUUGAGAUAUGCAUUAAAAAUAUGAUCCAUAUGUUCAUAGCCAUAUAUUUUGGAAAAUACAUAUUCAUAGUUGAUGAAACCAGUAUAAUUUUAUCUGCAGAAUUUCAAUUCCAUCUCAAGUAAUAAGAAAGAAACAAAGCUUAUGAGACCAUAUUCUAACAUUUCCCACUACCAGAAAACCUACUUUUUAAUUUGGCUUGAAGCACUUGCAAUUAGCAAGAAUAUGCCAUUUUUCUAGACAACAGAACAGCUGACUGUCUGGCAUAUUGUAUUGUGGCAUUACUGGGGAGUACUAAGAAAACAAGACUGUUGCAGUCUUUUCUAGCACAUAAUAUUUUAAUAUGCCAUAAAAGUUCUUAGGUUGGAUGACAAUUAACCCUCCAUCUUCAACAUUGAUUCUCCUUUAUGGAGACACUUUUUUUUAAGAAAUAAUUCCAACGUACUUCACUGAAGAGAGGUGUUUUUUUGUUUUUUUCCUUUUCUCUCCUUGCCUCCCAUUCCAAAACUUAAGCUCUACUAUGUGCUGAAUCUCAGUAUUUGUGGACAAAACCUAAUUUGUUAGAAGAUCUUUUUCGAGAUAUUUCAUAAUUAUAGUGUAUGUAAGACCAUGAGCUUCAUUAUGGAGAAGAAAAACUAGAGCAAGAGCAGUUCAUAACCAUUUUUUUUUGUAUCAGAAAACAUACUCAAGCUUUCUGUGCAUAGAAAGCAUAUGAAAACACAGAAGAAAAAUGAAAAAGAUGUAAAUGACUUUGCAAAUAACAGCACUGAUAUUCAGCACUCAGUCUACAACAGAAUGCAAGUGAUCAGAUCUCCUGCACUUCUUUAAUCACACUUUUUUAAAGCCAUUGCUUCCCAGCUAGCACAUUUUAGCUAACACUGGGCAUGUGCCUAAUCUUUGGUUAUUCUUCAGCAUAACAAUUGCUAACCACUUUCACUUUUUCACUAUACUAGUAUUACAUAUGAAGACAGAGAAAAACAGUUACUAAUAAUGGAUAGUCAUCUGAUUUGGGGAAUAUAAACUGCAAGUUGUUGAUGAUCUCAACUAAAUACUAAUGAACCAAAAAUACACUCUUGAAGCUUACAGUUCAAGUAUGAAUGUAAACCGUAGCUUUAACAUGAGUGGUUUGAGUCUCUCAUAUUCAAAAUAUUUCAUCUCUCCCUCUUUCUCCAGAAUUCACAACAUGAAACAUAUGCCGGAUACAAGAGAGUAAGAACAAACCUACAGGUCUCUAUCUUACUUAAGAUUUAUUUUUAUGUGCAUUUAAGAUGGCUAUUUGGAUAGGAAAAAGUCCCUUCUCCAUCUUCUGCACUUAUCUAUGCCCUGAUUAUGUCACGAAAGACCAGAUUUGUCAGAGAAUUUUUAAGCCUGUUCCCCAGCAGUCUGAAUUAGUGGCUCACAUGCUAAGAAGAAGGAAGUAUUGGCAGAAGAGAUAUUCGUGUUCACUGUGUAUGUGUUUAUAAAUUAGCCUCAGAUUCAGUCUUUGCUCUCUAAUUCUUUUAAUCAGUUAAAAUUACUAAGAAUUAUGGUACGUAAACCACUUCUGAAUUCUUGGGAGAGUUUUUUCUGAUGAAAUGUUAUUCAAAGGGAUAAUUUCUGAUUCGUACUGUAUUAAAAAUAAAACAAAGACAAGCUUUUUCAUGCCUUUAUAACAACAUAAAAAUCCCAUAAGUCUGCACAGGGCCUCUAUUGCUGUGAUCUACAUGAUAAGGAGAUCAUCUGAA